ACCAGCUGACGCCUGAGAAAAACAAACCCUGUCGAAACGCAGUUGCCGAAAAACUAAACAAAUUUAGGUGGACAUAGUUGGAUAAUCCAUUCAGCAUGUCGGUUAACACGGCUCACGCCAACAAUGGCGUGCUUAUCCACGCCGGAGAAUACAUAUUGCUCCACAGCGACAGUGUUUCCAUGGAGUUUUCUGGCCAGGACAACUCUGUCUUCAAGGGAUCCAAGUCUGGUCGCAUCUACCUGACCUCUCACCGGAUGAUUUUCAACAGCAAAAAGUCGAGUGACAGUAUGCAGUCCUUUAGCGCUCCGUUUAUCGCCUUGUCAGACGUAGAGAUCGAGCAGCCCGUCUUUGGAGCCAAUUACAUCAAAGGAAAGGUUCGAGCUCAGCCCAACGGAAACUAUGUGGGCGAAGUGAAGUUCAAGCUGCACUUCAAGGCCGGUGGAGCCAUAGAGUAUGGCCAAGCUUUGCUGCGCUCCGCCAAGACGGCUAUGAACAACUACCAUCGCGGUGGAAUAAUUGGAGAUGAUCCGCCACCCUACCAGCCGGCUGGUGCUUGGAACGAGGCUCCGCCACCGGCUUAUCAGCCACCCCCUGGCUACUAUGGCUGGCUGCCCCAGCACGAUGCCUUUAGCGGCCCGGCACCGAAUACGGUCUUUAUGAGUGACAAUCCGCCGCCGUAUCCGGGCAUCGCACCACAGCCGCACCAGCCGCCACCACAACAGCCUCAGCAGGCACAUCAGGCACAGCCGCCUUCUGAACCCACUUGGUAUGGUUUUUCAGCCCCUCCGCCGCAACAGCAACAACAGCAGCCGGGUUAUGGACCGCAAGGAUGGACAGGCGGCUACGUUCAGCCGCCUCCGUAUGCCGCAUGUGCUCCGAAUUGUCCGCCAGGAGCCCCGUACGUGACACCGGCUCAGACCUACAACGGGCCACCGCCCUUCGGAGGGUAUGGCAAUGUGCCCGGUGGAUUCAAUACUCCGGGUCUGCAGCAGCCUUCUGGCUAUCCGGGAGGACCACCUCCUCAAAGUCAGCCCCCACCGCCGGCAGCCGGUUCUAAUAGUGGGGCUGCGGGUGGAACUGCGGCUUCGGGAGUCAGCUUCUUGGGAUUCAGCUUGCCGCCAGGAAAUUCCAAAGAAGCCGAAGCUGCAGCUAGUGCUUACAAUACACCCUAUAACCAGGGCGGACCCAGUGGAUCAGGAAACAGUGAUUUACCACCCUCUUAUAAUAACUUGCCCCCCAGUUACGAUGACGCAUCGAAAAAGCACUAAUGAUUGGAGACACUAUUAUCCUUAUUAUACUAUUUUAAACAGUUAUUAACGCUCAUUCCGUUGAUUAUUAUAUAGCAGGACGGUAACCAUUAAAGUUUUUAGCCCUUCACUAUAUAAAGGGCAUUUGAUCUGGUCACAAAAUCAAAAUUUAUUAUUAGCUUCAUUAAACAUGUUUUUAAUUGUAAUAUUUUAUAUAUGAAGAUGUGAAAAUAUUCUGUACUGCAAUAAAUAUUUAUAUGUGUA